CGAAAUUCAUUAGUGCCGCGGAUGCCGCGAAAUAAGAUAAACUUACAGUAACAGUUGCGCGGGCAAGUCAGGGCAUAGCAGACCCAGCAUGCAUGCAUGUGCACUGUAAAUGUAAUGUCACCCGUCUUUUAUCUUCGGGAAAUCAUUGUCUUAUAGACUUUUCUUAGUGCUGUAAAUCCAUCACUAUCUGUAGGUUAGCCACGGACUAUGUUGUGACGAUUAACGUCGCAUUUUCCAGCGCAUAUGUCGGCUUAGAAAAUUAGUGCCACACGAGGACAUAGUAAACACCACCAGGGUUAUGGCGGCGGACAGGGAAAAACAGCCAAAUGGGUCUUACAGCAAAGCCUUCAGCAUCCUGCAGCAGCUGUUCCCCAGGGUGCUGUCCCUGCAGGGUUACCUUUCCGAGCAGCUGGCAGGGCGUGAUGUUCCUGUACCUCUACUGCAGGCUGGAGACAGUCAGGAGUACACCCAGCUACUCCAGACCACCCUUGUGUGCCUGUCUGCAGGACACGAGCCCCUCCCUCCGCGCAUGUCGUUUGAGCAGGUGUCAAAUCAAAGCGAAGUGAUACUCAGGACAAUCGAGAAGCUGUGCAAAAGUCCCAGAGGGCCCACGAAGAAUGUGCUCACUUUAGGCUACAGGCUGGCAAGUGAGAAGAGCAAGAGUUUCUCUGUGAAAGCCCCUUGUAUUGAGAUGGUUCAUCCAGAUGACAAGAUCAGGAAACUAGACAGGAGAGUGUGGAAGAUUCUUCUUAGCAGGAUUGGUGAUGAUGUCAUGACCCAUCUUCUUGGUAGCUGCUCUCUUUUUCUUGCAGCGCCCCCAAGCUGCUACAUACAGAUUACAGGUUUCCCUUUGUAUGACCUGCACAAUGAUUGGCACAAAGUUCCUGUACCAGAAAGGGAAAUAAAGGCAAGGACAGCAAGUAGGAGUUUGAAAUAUACCAGUCAGCUAUUCAAAAAUUGUGUGAUCAAGAAAAAGGUAGGAUAUGCAAAGAAGAAAUGGCAUCACCAUGCGAAGAAAUGCCAGCCUUUACUGAAAACAAAAGGACAGCAGCUGGAUAGCAGUAAAUACAAACAAGACACAAACCUGACACAGGAAAAGGAUCAUCAUGCAUCAGAAGUGCAGCAAAAUGCAGAGAGUGCUAAAGCUAAAGUGUUAUCUAUGUCUUCCAAGUUAAAGAGGGGGCUCAAAAGGAAACGUCCUGAGGAGGUACACAUUGUAGUUAAUCCAAGGCAUAAAAUUGGACGCUAUGAAGACAAAGUUGCUUCACAAGACAUCUGCGUGUCUGCAGAUGACAUAUGCAUCUGUGUGUCUGCAGAUGAACUGGCGGGGAUGACUGUCAGGGUGGAUCCUUCCAUGCCAUCAUGUUCUCAUCACCCUGACAUGGGGCAUACGCAGACGGCACUUGAAAGUCGGCAUCAGUUGGACAUAGAACAAAAAACAUGUUCAUCUCUUGAAGGUGAGCUCGAUGACUGUACCAGACAGAAUAUGCACAUCACAGACAGCAGUUCCAUGCUACCUGACACAGGUCAGACAAGACUGACAGGCAAGAAACGGAAACGUUGUCGGAAGGAUGGUGACAGAAGAUUUAAAAGAUCAAGGAAAGAUCUAACUGCAUCCAAGACAGAAACAAGUAUACAGGGACAACAAAAGAGAAGGAGAAGGAAAGGAGUUCAAACUGGUCAUGAACAGAAUAAGAGAAAGAGUGAGAGCCAAAGGAAAGGAAAGAAAGAACUUAAUGUGAAACUUUCCACAAAUGCAGAAAGCAGGGUGACUCUGACAGCAAGGAGUACAAGACAAUCAGAGACAUCAAACAGUAUUCCUGAUGUCCCUAAUGCUGAGCAAAACUCAUCAUACUGUUUCAGUACAAUGGCCAUCUCCAAAACAAUGGUACUUCAUGCAGGUCAGCCACAGGGAGAAUACACAGGAUCUCCACUGAACGUCCUAUCCGAGGGAUGGCCCUAACUAAAGCCAGGUACUCAUUUUCACCUGAAUGAAGUGAGGAAAGUAAAGAUCGUUGACCUACAUACACACCCACACCACACACACGUACAGAGGCUCCAACAUGGUACUCUCACCUCUCAAAUAAACGUACCGGUACGUUUAUUUUUUUCCGCCUCAAAAUCCACCCGGUACGUCCUUAUUU